ACGCUCCCGAAGGCAGUGCUGACGAGCCCGGACGCAACUGUAUCUGCGGCCUCGUGUUUCUCGCCACCGUCUCUACUUGUCAUACCUCUACUCUAGCGCUCUCUAGCUCGCCUUGAUGGCACAACAACGUCGGCCCUCGCAGCGAGUGACUUCGAGAACGAUUGACGGGGCGAUAUAUCCUUUGCGCAAGCUGCCUUCUCGACGAGGUCCAACUUCUCGCCGGCGCGUGUUCACAAUACCGCCGUCAUUUGCCCAAUCGACAAGUUCCCACGUAUCAGGCGCGUCAAGUUCCCCACCGGAGUCGCGGCGGGCCGUUCUCGUACCCCUCCACUUCAAUUUGCGCCGCUUGCCGUCGCGUGCGUUCUUGGAUAGCAAGGACAGUAUGCAGGAUGCGGUUCCGACGGGAUCGAAGCGGAAACGCGUCGUGAGCGGGAGUGAGAACGCGCAUUCGACUGGGCGGUCGCGUUCGGGGAAUCGGGUGAAGCGACGGAGGGCUGUCGGUUCGAGUGAUGACGAAGUUACAAGUGCCAUGGAUGUAGACGACAGUGCACAAUGGGAUCUAACCGAUUCGGGCGCGAGUGACGAGGACGGCGUAGAUUCAUCGGACGAUUACUUGAUACAUGAAGCGUCGCGUCGCGAGCUAUUGCGUCUGCGCAAGGACGAGCUUGUCCGUCUAUACACCGCGGCGGGUCUUACCGAAGAUGCAGAACUUCUGACAAAACCUGAAAUUGUCGACUGUAUCAUCGCUGCGCGAGAUGAUAUUGCUUCUCUGCCACCAUCGUCACCUCCAGAUGCUCAUUCCAGCGGCUCUAGCAACUGUUCGUCGGAUGAGGGCAAUGUCGCGGGAGGUGAAGAGACCGAUAUUGGUGGUCGGUUUAAGCGGAGUUUGGCGAGGCGCAACACUAUUCACGAUCUUAGUCGACGGAAACGUCCUCUGGCAGCUGACAGGUGCUAUUCAUUACCCCAACUUCAGCAGCCUGAGCGCCUACAAAGGCCCGCAAGCCAGUCCAGACUGUCGUCUGGUGCGUCACGACGUAAUGGCACUAGUAGAGCUGGCUCGAGUCGAUCACCACCGACAACUUCCACGGUUUUCCCUACCAUCUCUUCACCACCCGCCACACGUACUCGUUCACGAAAAUAUUCGAAUGGCGGGAUCCAGUCUAUCGCGUCGACUUCCACAUCCAGUAAAGGCAAGGGAAAAGGGAAGCAAGUCGAAUUCGACGAUGAAGUACAGAUCGCGGCUCUGCUCGAAACAGAGCAAGAGAGCGACCUCACUGACCUCGCUGAGCUUGAAGAGUCCAUUGGAUUGACUACUCCUAGCCCUCGGCGAUUGCGGAGCAAAGGCGACAGGCCGCGAUCUUCGAGCGAGAGUGUUCCACUCGGGGAAAGACACGCGGGUGGGGAAGUUGAUUUAGGGCGACGGGUGACGCCAAUGCGGAAAGCAAAACGGGGCGUCGGGACGCUUAAAGAGGACGAGACGGAGGAAGAGGACGAGCUGGUGGAGAGUGAUGCGGAGGACGCGGAAGAGGAGGAGGAUGAACUUGAGGAAGAACCUACGCCAAAACUCAGCCGGACACGACGAACGCCAUUACGCAGCCGACUACGGUCUAGGCUAACACAAGCGGAGGCGCCAAGUGAUGGUGAUGAUGAGGGGAGUGACGAUGAGAGUGUGGAUAUUACGGAGAGUGUCAGCGGAGAGGAGGAUGAAGAGGGUGAGGAGGAUGAAGAGGGUGAGGAGGAUGAAGAGGAGGAUGAGGAGGAUGAGGAGCAAGAGCAGGAGGUUGACGACGAGGAGACGGUCAAGGACGAGAGCGAAGGCGAGGAAGCGAUCGAAGAGGAUGAACUGUUGAGUGAACCUCGGGUGUUGCGCAACGGGAAAGUGGUUGGGGAAAGCGAGCGCGUGGAGGGUGAGGACGAAGACCUCACGGAAGAACUCACAGAGGAGGAUGCUGAGGGUGAAGAAGUCGACGAAGCGGAGUUGCAGGACGACGCUGCUAGUGUCGAUCUUGAAAAUGGGGAGAGUGGUGAGGAUGAAGAGGACGAAGAGGCGGAGGAAGCUGACGAAACCAUGGAGGACGACAUUGACCUUACAGUUGCCACUGCCAAGUCAUUGGUGCGAUUACGACGAGACGAUCUCGUACGGAUGUGCGAACAUCGCGAGCUUGAUGUUAUAGGUACCAAGCCUCAGCUCGCGGAGGCUCUGCUACAAUGGCGCGACAAGCACUGUAGUGAGAUAGCCUCGUCUCCAUCGUCUACUGGUACAGCUCGUCCACCUUCGACAUCAAGACCUCGUCGGCGGAAGACUCGUAGUGCAGAAACUCACUCGCCACCUGUCCUCGAACGCUCCGAUAGAGUGCAUUUAGACGAACCCCGCACACCGCCACUCGCCAGCCACAACAAGGAGGCGGAGCCUGAACUGGAGCUCGACCUCGAAAGCCUCGGCUUGGAUGACCGUGAGAUUCCGCCUGAGAAAAUCACCAAGCUUGAGAAGAUUGGCAGCGGUGGCUUUAAGGAUGUCUUCAUCGGCAAGUUCAAGGGCAGGAAGGUCGCAAUCUCUGAGUUCCGUGGCCAGCUGAGCGCAAUGGACGUCAAGGAACUCAAGCUGUUGGGUGAUUUCAAUCACCCCAACAUUGUCCGAUUCCUUGGUGUGAGCAUUCCGACCAACCCGAAGGACACUCCGGUCAUGAUAGUCAGUGAACUCUGUUCCAAUGGCGACCUAUUCGACUACGUCCGAAAUGUCGACCCACCAACACUUUAUCGAGUCCUCUGUAUUAUGUUUGACAUUGCCCGUGGUCUCGAGUACUUACACACCCGCAAACCCUCCAUCAUUCACCGCGAUUGCAAGUCCUCUAACAUCCUCAUCACAUCGAAAGGCGUGGCAAAAAUCACUGACUUCGGCCUUGCGAAAGUCAAGCAGUCGACUCGUUCUAUGGUCCGCAGCUUGGUUGGGACCGUUAACUGGCAAGCGCCAGAGCUUUGGCACCCGCAUCCAAAAUACAAUCACAAGGUGGACGUCUUCUCUUGCGCAAUGGUUUUCUGGGAGAUGCUCCAGUGGCAUGUUCAUGGCAAGAAGUUUCCAUGGGAAGGCAUGAACGAGCAUGCAAUUUAUGACCUUGUUGGUGCCAAGCGUCAGAGACCCUCGAUCGCUGGCCUUAAGAGUCGCUGGUGUCCCGAAAUCGUCGAGCUCAUGGAGCACAUGUGGGCCCAAGACCCACAAGACCGUCCGACUAUGAGCGAGGUUGUGCAAGAGCUCGAAAGGCUGGUUGCAUCAUAUCGCUAGUUCAAAUUGCGCGCGACAUCGCCCCAGACUCAGACCUCGCUUCAUCAUCUUCGUCUCGCAUCUGCCUACGGGACUCAUUUCUCGGUCUUAUAACAAUCAAUUUAUAUUAGAGCGAGAGCCUCUCUUUGUCUUUCGCUGUGUAUCACAACUUUCAGAUAGCAUCUGUCACUACUACUACAAUCAAUGUAUCUAAACG